GGCGGCGGGUGGCAGCGUGGGGCGGGGCGCGGCGGGGGGAGGCGGUGGCGGCGCGUGCCAUGCGCGCGGGGGGGCGGGCCCGGCGGCGUUAACCCCUCUGCGACCGGCGGCGGUGACCCCGGGGGCCUCGGCCCCGCGCCAUGGCCCCGGCGGCCUGAGGGAGAGGAGGGCGGGCGGGGGGCGGCCCCAUGCGGCGCGGGUAGCGCCUGUCCCCGAGGGAGCGGAGCCGAGCGCCAUGGCAGACGCGGUGCCCGCCGAGCCGGGGCCGGAGCCCCAGUGCGAACCGGAGUCCCGCUGCGAGCCCGAGCCGCAGCCGGAGCCCGAGCGCGGCGACGCGCCGGCGGCGGACGGUGAGGCCGGGCGGCUGCCACCCCCCGGGGCGGAGGAGGCGGCGGCGGCAGCAGCGGAGGGCGCGGGCGGCGCCGAGGGGCGGCCGUCGGCGGGCGGAGCGGCGCGUCCCGGCCUGGGCCCGCGGUACCGAUCGUCGGUGGGUCGCACCGAAGAGUGGCCGGUGAAGAAGAAGCACCGUCGGCGGCCGUCGAAGAAGAAGCGGCGCUGGAAGCCCUACUCGAAGCUGAGCUGGGAGGAGAAGCAGCAGUUCGACGAGCGGCAGAGCCUCCGCGCCUCCCGGCUGCGCGCCGAGAUGUUCGCCAAGGGGCAGCCGGUGGCUCCCUACAACACCACGCAGUUCCUGAUGGAGGACCACGACCAGGAGGAGCCCGACCUGAAAACCGGGUUGUACCCGCGGAGAGCGGCCGCCAAGUCGGACGACACCAGCGAGGAGGAUUUCCUGGAGGAGGCGGCGGAGGAGGACGGGGGCAGCGACGGGAUGGGGGGAGACGGCAGCGAGUUUCUGCAGAGAGACUUCUCGGAGACCUACGAGCGUUACCAUGUGGAGAGCCUGCAGAACAUGAGCAAGCAGGAGCUGGUGAAGGAAUACCUGGAGCUGGAGAAGUGUCUCUCCCGUAUGGAGGAGGAAAACAACCGGCUGAGGAUGGAGAGCAAAAAACACGGGGGGGAAACGGCGGAGACAGCGCGGUUGCAGCAGCUGGAGCUGGAGGUGGACAGGUUACGAGCCGAGAACCUGCAGCUGCUGAAGGAGAAGGACCUGCCCAGGCAGGAGAAAGGCCCCUGCCAGCUGGGGGAGUGACACUGGGGACGGGGCGGGGGGGACGGGGACACGGGGGGGGCUUUUUACAGUGGUGGGGUGGAACAUUCUAUACGUUGUACAGAGACGCCGCGGACCCUCUUUAACGGGAGUAAAGCGGGGGGGGGGGGUUCGGCCUCCCCCUUUUUAGGUGGCUGAGAUGGGGCGGGGGGGGGUUGAUGUAUUGGUGAUAUUUGGUUUAUGAUUUUAUUUUAUUUUUUUUGUCUAAACCAAAAAUGGCAAAAAAAAAAAAUUCCCUGGGAAAGCUGUAAAUUGGCCAAAACUGACUAUAAAAAAAAUUAUAGAGGUCUAAUAAAUUUAAUUACUUGUAACUGUAA